AUGUCUUCAGUUUCUUGCAUGCAUAUUUCUUUCUUUCUUUCUUUCUUUCUUUCUUUCUUCUUUCUUUCUUUCUUUCUUUUGUCUGCAUUAGUUCUUUCUUUCUUUCUUUCUUUUGUCUGCAUUAGUUCUUUCUUUCUUUUUUCUUUUGUCUGCAUUAGUUCUUUCUUUCUUUCUUUCUUUCUUUCUUUUUUCUUUCUUUCUUUCUUUCUUUUGUCUGCAUUAGUUCUUUCUUUCUUUCUUUCUUUCUUUUAUUUUCUCCGCAUUUUUUGUUCCUUUCUUUUUACUUUUCUUCCUUCAUCCCGUUCAUCCUUUGCUUCCUUUCCUCAAUUUCAUUCCUUGCUUUCAUUCCUAUCCCCAUUUCCUCAUUUCUCCCUUUUCACUUUCGUUUUUUUCCUUUCUUCCUAUUUUGUCCUUCUUUUCUUUUCUUCCUUGCAUUCUUUCUUUCUUUCUUUCUUUCUUUCGUUCUUUCUUUCUUUCUUUCUUUCUUUCUUUCGUUCUUUCGUUCUUUCUUUCGUUCUUUCUUUCUUUCUUUCUUUGCUUCCUUACGUUUCUUCCAUUUAUUCUAUAUGUUUCUUUGACUUUUUUCGCCAUCCGUUUUUCUUUUUCACAUUCAUUCGUCCUUUAGAUUCUUAUUUUACCUUCUUCCUUAAUGUCCUUUCUUUCUUAUUUUCAUUUCUUUCCUCUCGCUCCUUCAUUAUCUUCCGAAUAACCCUUUAUAAUAAUAAUAAUGAUUGUUAA